AUCCUUCGCUUCAACCUCACCUCUGUAAAGACCUGUCUCAAAACAACACGCGCGCUAAGUCGCCGCCCUCGGUACAUAACAUCAGUGAAGUGCAGUGACUAAAAGACUAUGUGAAAUCAAGCCAUACGUUAAUAUGUGUAAUUUCGCGCGCAAAAUGAAAUAGUAAGAGUAAACGGUGGCCCCCGGCAUGAGGUCGGGGGAGGGCGAAGGCUCCGAGCUGGCGGAGUUCGGCGCGCGAUGGCCGCCGCCCUACACUGCCUACGGCUGGCGCUCCGCCACGCCGCAGCACCCGCCCGCCCACCAUCUCGCUAGGCAUUCGCGCUCGCAGCAGUGGUUGCAGGACAACCGCCACACGAGCUACGAGGCGGAAGAUGCCCGGGUGCGAGCUAGAGGUGGGGUUUACUAUUCCCCGCCGGGUACCUCAUACACUAUUGUGGAGCGACCGGCCUCCUCCCACGGGCACCAUCCGGCCUACUCACAUUAUCCAGGGAAGCUUUCCCGUACGCCGUAUGUUGGCUCUACAACGUUAGCGAAUAGUGCCGUAGGUGCAACAAGUUUACGAAAUAGUACCAGUCAUCUAACUGCUAACAAUGGGAAGAAACGGCCGAUAUCGCCAGAGCAAGUGCUAAGGCUGUUCGGCCAAGGUGGUGCUGCUGCGUUGGGGAAGGCGCUGCCACCCUCACAUCCACCAGCACCACUACCAGUUCCUCUACCAGCACCUCUGCCGACACGGCGGCAUUCACCAGCAAGUAGUCCAAGCAGUACAACGCAUCACGCUAUCUAUCGUGGGGCUGAAAGAGAAAGGCCGUACUCGUCGGGAGGUGCGCCUGCGCCGCCGGCGGAGCCUGCCACCCGGACUGUUACCAUGUGUAGAGACCCUGCUGAUUCACAUGGUUUUGGGAUAUGUGUCAAGGGUGGAAAGGAAGCUGGCGUUGGUGUGUAUAUAUCUCGAGUUGAGGAGGGCUCUGUGGCAGAACGGGCAGGCCUUCGCCCCGGGGACUCCAUCUUGCAAGUCAAUGGGACCCCGUUCUCGGGAAUAUCACACGAAGAUGCUCUCAAAAUGCUUAAAUCGUGUCGUCAGCUAACAAUGAUGGUGCGAACAGCUGGAGCACUGGUGGGGCGGGCAUCCUGUUCAUGGAUGGACCGGUAUGGAAGACCAGCAUCCCCUCCACCAUUGAAACCUCCCCGGUCCGCUAGCAAAGACCGUUCGAUACGACGGGUGGACCUUUGCAUCGAACCAGGGCAGUCGUUGGGGCUUAUGAUUCGUGGUGGUUUGGAGUACAACCUUGGAAUCUAUAUUACCGGAGUUGACAAGGAUUCUGUUGCUGAUCGAGCAGGGCUUAUGGUUGGAGAUCAAAUACUUGAAGUGAACGGACAGUCGUUCGUUGACGUCACGCAUGAUGAAGCAGUCGCACAACUCAAAUACCACAAAAGAAUGUCUCUUUUGGUCAGAGAUGUUGGCAAAGUGCCGCAUGCGUGCACUGCCUAUGGAGAGCGGGACGCAGCACCCAAAAUUAGCGGUUGGGGCCGCCGCAGAGGAGCAGCUGCAGUAGCAGUGGAGCAGAAAGCCAAAUCUCUGUUGCCUCAGAGUGAUCUCCCCGCGAUGGCGUAUUAUAUGGAGGAGUAUGCUGCAAGGCGACUUACACCGGACUCGUUCUUGACAGUCCUAAGAGAUCUUCUAGAUACACCACAAAAGUAUUCACUUCUAACGGAAAUACGGGAGUUCCUCUUACCAGAAGAUCGACCGAGGUUUGAUGAAUUGGUAUACAGAAGAGAAGAACCACCACCCGAGCACCAUUUAAAGCGCGGCGGCGAAAGACACUUACUCCCUUCAUCAACAAUGCAUGAUCUACACGACCCGCAGGUGCCGUCUGAAGUACCUCUAAUGGUGGACCACCGCUCGCCCUCCGAAGACUCCGGCUUGGGUCUUCCGCCCCACGAAUCUUACAGGAGCGGCCGUGCCUGGAGGGCCACAGAUGCGCCACCUUUGGAAGACGACCUGGAGCCUCCGCACGAGGAGUACGAGGAGGAAGGGCGGCGUUCGAGGCGACACUCGUCACCAUGUAACUCAAGAGAAGGUAGCACCACGGCGCUACACACACAACACUAUGAUGAUGCUGACCAGCGCGGCUACCUCGAAGGUCUGCGCUCAUCACUCGGUGGCUGGACGCAGAAAGUUAAGUCAUGGUACUGGGGACGACCUCUAGAACUAGCACACAAAAUGUCGAGAAGUUUCGAUAUGAAGGAAGAGGGUGGUGCUCUGUUAGAUGAUCGGGGAAUAAGGAGACACCAAUCUAUGCAAAGACUACAACACGGGGAAGGUCAAGAUGAGAAUCGUACUGCGAAAGUUGUGCCGGAUCAUCAUGGAAAUCUACAUAUAACCGUAAAGAAGACCAAGCCCAUACUAGGCAUUGCGAUUGAAGGUGGCGCGAACACGAAACACCCACUGCCAAGAAUAAUUAAUAUUCACGAGCAUGGUUCAGCGUUUGAGGCUGGGGGGCUGGAAGUGGGUCAACUUAUACUGGCGGUGGAUGGUCAGCGUGUUGAGGGCAUGCAGCAUCAAGAAGUGGCGCGGCUUAUUGCUGAGUCGUUUGCUCAGAGAGAUAAACCGGAAAUCGAAUUCCUAGUAGUCGAAGCAAAGAAAUCCAACUUAGAGCCGAAGCCAACAGCUCUAAUAUUUUUGGAGGCCUAACAUCUACUGUCCCUCCCCGCCAGCGACCCGCCGUCCGCGCAGGGCAACGCGACGUCACGGGUCGACCUCACCGCACCCACCACGGAAUAGCCAACUCCAACCUGCGCUGUCACAUGCUCUUCUAAACGAUUUCGAUAUACUUCUGCGUUAACAGUCUCGUCGUUUUUAGUUUUUGUAAGAUAUUCCCAGGAAUUUACCAGCUCUAGGAGAUCUAAAAAUAUCUCUAGGAAGAUGUAGCAACUAAAGAUGACAGCUAUGAGAUUAUAGUUUUGAUAAAAACAAAAACCGAUCGGGACUGACGUCAGCAACAGAAAAGCAUUUCUUAGCUUAAUUGCUUACGCAAAUACGACAGGCGCAAAUCGGUGAAACGUUUGCUCUAUAUUGAAAUGGUGUACGUUUAAAGUUGCAACGGACUGUAAUGAGAAUACAAUUACGCAGGUUUCCGAAGGCUAAAGUAAUGGCACAAGGGAGGCGAAAAUAAAUCCUAAACCUAAAUUACGAACGUUUUAAAAUUACUCAAAAAGCACAUUGCCCAACUUUGAAAUGUCCAUAACAUCUGGACAGCACGGGUAGAGAAAUUUUGGAAAUCCUUUUCUAUACUGUAACCAUUUUGCCAGUAUGGUGACUGAAUUUUAUAAUCUAAUUUUACUAAUCUACAUUUUAAAAUUAUCACUAUCACAAAAGGUUAUACGCAAGGUAGAGUUUGAAUCAUCUAAAUAGAAGUAGGGUUAUGAAGAGAUAGUUUCGCUAAUAGUUUGGCAUUGGUGCUAUGAGUAAUAGAUCAUCUUUUUAAAAUUUCGCUUUAAUCAUGCAGUUCUAGAGCUUUGUUUCGCGAGCAUUUCACGAAAUUAUCAUUAGAUAGACGUCAUCCAUGUGCCAUCAUUGCAUUCAUAGAUAAUACGCGGGUCAUCUCAUACCAGAUCGUUGUGUCGAUGGUAGGUUUUAGAUACAGUUUAGUUAGAGUUUACUGUGAAUGAAGUUGUAAAUACAUUAGACUAAAGAACUUUUGAUUGACUUUAAAUACAAACCUCAACUUAUUGAUCAUCAAAUGAAGCGAAAUAUUAGGAAGGGUUUUGUACUCUUGCGUUAAGUUUUGAAGUAAAGCUUCGUUCUAAAGUUCAAAAUUCCUUGAAUUUAGCUCUCGUUCACAAUAAACUCGCACUAGGUCCUUAGCAUCAUCACGUCGCCAGUAGAGUUGAGCUUGCAGCAAAGCGCAAACUAAGCAAGUAUUAACAACGACAUUGGAAGUUCUCAGAAUGCGACUGACACGAUAUCCUUAAGCCUUAGGAAAUAUUGAUUUAUAUUUAUGUCCAGUUUGCUUAGAAGAAAAAGCGCCAAUAUUCCAAAAUGAAGCGGUGAGAUAAGGAGGUUAUGGCGGAGAGGGAUUAGCCCACUCAUUGUUUAAUGUAAACAUAGUAUAAUUGGUGUUUGCAAUAUAAUCGAUUUUGUGUUAGAUGUUAGAGACCCCGCGUCACUUUGAUGUCAAACCUGUAACCUAUAGAUUCAAAACGUGAUUAGUUGCUUUGCCAAAUUGCAACUUUCUAAAGUCACGUGACACACAAUUUUUAUCGCGUGAAUUUUGUGAUUUCAGGUAAAAUUGUAUGUUAUGAGUUCAUGAUCUGUAGGCCAUAGAAACUUAUAAUUGUUUAUUUUUGCUCUAAGCGGCAACACAAUCAGUUUAGAAAAUCGUAGUAUUCGCUCUAUCUCUCGUUUCUUAAUUAUAUUACUGGUUCACUUCAAGACCUCAGAUUGUACUAAUGUAUUCAAAUAUCAAGUCCCCUAAAGUAUCCCUGCAAACUUGUAAUAAUUAGACUUAAUAGUGGAUACUAAGGAACUAAUUAUUAGGAUCCACUUAGAUUUAGUUUCUUUAUUCCAAAAGUUUUGAUUUUGGUUCAUGAUUUCUACUGAAACAUUUGUUUUAGAGCGAUAAGCACAGAAGGCACCGGAAUUAAAAAUAACCAAUUCAAUCCAUCCGUCAGAUAUAUAUAAGAUGAUUUUCUCGCCUUCUAGCGAAUCUAUGGCCUACAGCUUAAAGUUGACGUCACAAGCUGCAGAAAAUAUAUAACCAAUCAUUGUCGUUGUCGCUGAAGCUUAAUCGAUGUACAUAAUCUGUAGAUAUCUCACUAGUAUUACACAAAUGGUAUUAAGUGUUAUAUUCAAUAAUUUAAAUCUUUAUCGGAACAUUUAAAAUGUAUAUAAUCAUUGGCGUAUCAUUUUUCAGUAGGGCCUGGACCUUUUUAUUAGGUGUCUUAGAAUUGGUAUCACUGUGAUGGACCACGCGGCCACUCUAUAUACGCCUAUGUAUAUAACUCGGUAAUGUAAAUAUGUGUAAUAUAACUAUUCAGAUUAGUGCCAAAAGCCUAACCCUUCAUAUAUGUACAAAUCAAAUGCAGUUUAUCUACCGAUUAGGUCGCUAAUUCACGAGAUACGCUUUUUAAUAUAGGAUUUGAUAAUUAGGUUUUAAUUAUAUACGGCAUAUGUUUUAUUUUAAUGGUUUGUAUAUAUGAAGUAUAUUCUCGUGGACGGUUUCUUCUACUUCUUAGCUAUAACUGUAAGAUCCUUUGUAGAUUGUAAUAAAUUCAUAUUUAACUUUCUAAUUUUAUGAUCUGAAUGAAUGUAUCUAAACGUCAUAUUGUCUUUGGUUUAGGCGUAUACAGUAUAAAAUUUAACGGGUUUAAAGUUCAUAACAUUUCUUACUUAAAUUGAUGUUUCGAAUGCCGUAGAGCCCUCGUGAUUAUCAAGUUAAAGUAAUGUUUUAAAAUCGAGUUAAACCCGUUAGUUUUAUUUAUAUAAACAUGUUUGCUUAAAGUAUAACGAACUAUAUAAAAUAAAUUUAUUUUUACAGAGAAUCUCAUUAUCUGUUAUAAUAAUGUAAUGUAGAUUAAUUUAUCACUUGCGACUAUGUCAAUUCAUUUAACAAAGCAAUGUUUAAUUAGUACCUAUUUAAUAGGUUAAUUAUUAGCGAAAUGAUAUACGUACUAUUAAAAUUAUGUUAAAAUUAUUCCCAUAAAAGUGCAGUUUAGGGUUGAAUAGACACGGGCAGUGAAAGGCAAACAUCGUUAUUAUGAAUUUAAAAAAAAAUUAUUGUUCGAGGUUAAAUUACUGAUUACCUAUGUUCUAAUUUUUUACCGAAGCAUCACUUUUGGCUAUUAUAAUUGUUAGUCCUGAUAGAUUUAAUAACGCAGAAUUUAUAUUUGAGUUUAUGACUUGCGCUACAUACAAUGGGAAUGAAUGCUUACAUUUUCUUUAAAGGCAAAACAUACGAAC